CGGGAGUCUCACCUCCAGGUUGCAAUUAAGCAACAGCAUCGCCCACCUAAAGCAGAUGACAGGAGUCCCCGGGAGUGCAGAGAAGCUACACGGGCUGCACACUGGCAGGUCCUCUGAAAUAAUUCUUAAGCCACUAAAACAACAGAAACCAUGUGCAGCCCUAUUGUCGAGGACAACAAUGUGAAUUUAAAUGAGGAUCCACGCUGUGGAGACAGGAUGAAACUCACCAGUGAAAAGUUGCCCAAAAACCCUUUCUCUCUAUCUCAAUAUGCUGCUAAAAACCAGAAAUUCUUCCAAUGGAAGAAGGAAAAGCCUGAUUAUUACCGCCAUGCUAAUUUGGUGGAUACAGCAUUGCAGUUCCUAAAAGAAAGAAUAAAAAGAGGGGAUGCUAUGGCGUAUUUUCUAAGAGGUCAACUCUAUUUUGAAGAGGGCUGGUAUGAAGAAGCCUUGGCCCAGUUUGAAGAAAUCCAGGAGAAUGAUCAUCAAGCAAUUUAUCAGCUAGGAGUGAUGUAUUAUGACGGGUUGGGGACCGUCCCAAAUGCCGAAAAAGGAGUGAAAUAUAUGAAGAAAAUUCUUGAUUCUACAUGCCCCCAAACAAUACACUUAAAAUUCGCCGCUGCUUACAACCUUGGAAGAGCUUAUUUUGAAGGAAAAGGUGUGAAGCGAUCAGACGAUGAAGGCAGAGAGGUAAUGUUCCCCGGAAGUAGGGCGGUCUGCGCUGCUGAAAAGCUGAGACGAAGGCUGACCCCCCUUGUGUUCUCUCUUAGACUGUGGCUGUUUGCUGCAGACAACGGGAACCCAAAAGCCAGCGUGAAAGCACAAAAUCUAGGACUGUAUUAUUCGAUGAAGGAGCCAAACAGUUAGAAAAAGGCAUUUUUCUGGCAUUCGGAAGCUUGUGGCAACGGAAAUCUGGAGUCCCAGGGUGCACUUGGUCUCAUGUACUUUACGGGCAGGGGGAUCCGCCAGGACACCGAGGCUGCCUGCAUUGCUUACGGGAAGCUAGCCGAACGAGGGAACGUCUACGCCCAGGGGACUCUGGUGGAGUACUACUACAAGAUGAAGUUCUUUACCAAGUGUGUUGUGUUCUCCAAAAGGAUAGCGGACUACGACGAGGUUCACGACAUCCCCAUGAUAGCCCACGUCACGGACUGUCUCCCCGAGUUCAUCAGCAAAGGCAUGGCCAUGGCGUCGUUCUACUACGCUCGGUGUCUCCAGCUUGGCUUGGGUAUUAAGAAAGACGAAGCGGCUGCCAAACACUACUAUUCCAAAGCUUGCCAGCUGAACCCCACAUUGGCAGAUGAGCUUCACGCCUUACUAAUUCGCCAAAGAAUUUAGACCACAAUGCAUUUCAACGAAGCCCAUCAAUCCUCACCUGAAACAGUGUGUGUGUGUGUGUGUGUGUGUGUGUGUGUGUGUGUGUGUGUGUGUGUGUGUGUAUGCUCACAGCAGCUCCAUCUGUUAUUUCCUGCAUCCCCGUUAUAUUAUCCGGGGUAUUUUACAGAAACAUUUCCUUCAUUCUUGUAUUUGUAUUCUGUAAUUUGCACAAACUCAACUUUAGACACCAAUCCAGUCGCUGGGAAGAGUCCUCAGAGACCCACCUCUUAGCCUGUACAGUGGCCUGGACUGCAAUGAGUUUGAAAGCAUGCCAAAACCAAGUAACCCUUUGCCUUAUUAAAUACAGUGUCUGAAAUGACUUAGUACAGACUGGGUUUUGUAGUUUCCAAAGUACACGUGCUGCUGACUUAGUUCAAACGCAAUUUGAAAGUUUAAUUCUUUAUAUUUUCUUUGGCAUUUGUUUAUGAAUUUUGCUAAUUUGAAAAUGUAUUGAGCCAUCUGAAAUUUUUCACAAAAUUAAAUGAAGGUCAAAGAAAAUUUAAAGAUUAGGCUUCCAAAUCUUUUUUGUAGAAAGUGUAUAGCAUUCCCAUAGCUUAUUAAAAGAUUCUUACAGAUAACUGGCUAAUUUGUAAAUUUUUUAAAAAUGGAAUUAAAUUAUGUAGCACCAUGUCCCUCCAAAUGUACCCUCAAAGAUCUCAAUUAAGCAAAAAAAUUACGAUCCCUGAUAAAUAUAAGAAUUACAGCAAUAUGCUUUCAUUUGAAUUCAUUUUCUAUAUUUUUUAAAUCUUAGAAACAUUUAAAUCUUAGAAACUCCCGAGUGCUGGGAUUAAAGGUGUGCUCCAUCAUCACCUGGCUCCCUUCUCCUUUCUUACCACAUACUUUCUAUUACUUAUUUCCACCUCUCUUAAGAUCCCUUCCUCUCCAUGUAUGAGCCUCCAUUUUCAUGAGCUAUAAACACACACACAGAAAUACAAACACUGUUCUACACACACACACACACACACACACACACACUCUUUCCAAUCUCAGUUCUACGUGAGAGAAGACAGUUUGCCCUUCAGAGCCUAAUUUCAUGUAACAUGAUGACUUCCAGUUCCAUCCGUUUUCCCGGCAAGUACUUCAUUUUUUGUUAGGGCUGCAUCAAAUCUCAUUGAGUUUCUUCCACAUUUUCUUCCUUCAUCUGUUUAGGGACAUCUAAGCUGGCUGCAUUUCCUAGCUACUAUGAAUGGUGCAAAGAUGAAUGUGGACACUUACCUUUGUAGUGUGUCGACCCGAAUCCUUUAGGCAUACCCAGAAGUGGAAUAGCUGGGCAACGUGGUAGUUCUUUUAGCCCAUCUACGUGGUUGGAUGAUUCUGGUUUUUAGUGUUUUAAUUUUUGCAAUUCUUUAUACAUCACAGAUAUUAAGGAUAUUAUUAGUUGGUAGAUUUUUUCCCAUUUUGUAGACUGUGUCUUUACUCUGAUGACUGUCUCCUUCAGCGUACAGAAGUUUCUAAAUACUUAAAUAAAUUCGCAAACAUUUUUCCAUAUAUUGGUGACACACAUCUAAAUAUUGUGUCAAAAUUAGCAGGCUAGGUGGCAGUUGGGAGGCAGAGGCAUGAAGAUCUGAGUCUGAGGUCAGCCGGGGCUAUAGUGAGACUCUGCUGUCUCAGAAGAAAGAAAGAAAAUGUAAUUAGCAACACACUGUCUUACUGUCAGUAAAAUCUACGAAAGGAAAGGCCACAGUGAAAACAAAGGUCCGUAUGCUUUAGAUGGUGCAGUGACAUGUUUGUGAAAUGUAUUAAAAACAGUAGGUCCUAAAGAGCUCUUAAUCCCCGCCUUUUGUCAGCAUAUUAGCUGGUAUGGCUUUAUUUUAUAAAUCUCAAUGUCAUUUUCUCUUGAAAAAUUAAAAUUUAUUUUAUGUGUAUGGGUGUUCUGCCUACAUGUCUGUGCACCACACACAUGACCGGCACCAGAGGAAGCCAGAAGAGGGCGUUUGAUCUCCUAGAGCUGGAGGUAUGCACGGCUGUGAGCUGCCAUGUGGGUGCUGGGGAUUGAACUGGGGUCCUCUGGAAGUUCAGCCAGUGCUCUUAACCACUGAGCCGUACAAUGUCAUUGGCAACGGUGAAUAAAUAAAAUCUGUCAGUGGUGAGAAAACGGAGUUUCCAUGUGGUGGCAUCUGCUAGAGCUGCUGCUGCAGAACGGGAAGCCUGGCCUUGGUUGGGCACUCAUGUACUUACAUUAAUUGAACUUUGUUUUUAUAUAAAAAGAAGUAGUUGUACACUUCUGCAUUCUCUACAAAAGUUACAGUCUCAAACCAACCCUGGAAAUAAGGCCUUUUCCUCUAUAAUAGCUACUGAAUACUCUAUAUUCCCUCCCAACAUCCUGCUCAAUAGCUCAAGCCUCGAAGCUUACUAUAGCAACUUCAACUUUUUUCUCCAAGCUUGCUUUGCUCUAGUUCUUCUAGUAAACACACACACACACACACACACACACACACACACACACACACACACACACACACACAUGCUCUUUCUCUCUUAAAUAAAUUCUUUAAGACCAAGCGUGGUGGUACACACCUAUAAUCCCAGAACUUGGGAGGCAGAGUCAGGUGGAUCUCUGUGACUUCCAGGAUAGCUUGGUCUAUAUAGUGAGUUUUGGGACAGCCAAAGCUAUGUAGACAGACACUGUAUCAAGAAAAACAGCAACAAAACAAAACAAACAAAACCCCAACUAACAACUAACUAAAUAAAAUUCUUUAAAAUAAAUUUUUUUCCCCCGAGACAAGCCCUCUCUGUGUAACAGCCCUGGCUAUCCUAGAACUCACUUUGUAGACCAGGCUGGCCUCAAACUCAGAGAUCCACCUGACUGCCUCCCCCUCCCGAGUGCUGGGAUUAAAGGUGUGCGCCACCACCGCCCAGCGGAGUUUUUCUUUUUAGAUAGCCUCUCUCCAUGGUGCUAAGUGGUCUCUUUUGCUCUCGCCUCCUGACUAGGUGGGCUUACAGAGCACCCCACUGUUCCCAGCUCCAACAGGAAUAUACUAAAGAAGAGAAAGUUUACUAGAACAGUGCAUGUAGGGAAGGAACUGCCUUUCCUCAACCCAAAGGGAAGCCCACUUUUACAAGUGCCAUUAAAAUUGGGGUUCCGAGCCAGGUGUGGUGGUGUGUACCUGUGACCCUGGCUGUGCUGGCUGGGGUGCAAACUGUCCCUCUGGGCUCUGGUGUGUGGUCCCCAGUGGGUGGUGCUGUUUGGGGAGGGCUUUUUAUUGUCGCCAGGGACAGGUUUGCGAGUUCACAGCCUAGCCUUAGUUCCAGUGGACACUCUGCUUGGGCUCUUGAUUGAAGACGGAAGCUCUCAACUUUCUGUUCCCACUGCUGCGCCUGCCACUUGCUUCCGUGCCUCCCCACCAGGAUGGACUCAAUCCCUUUGGAACUGUAAGCCCAAAUAAACUACUUUCUCCUUAAGUCA